AUGGCUCCAUCGUACCGCGUCUUUAUUGGUGCUCCAUCGCCUAAGGAUCUCCGCAAUCCUGCUGUAUCAUAUCACUGGCAGACUGUCUCAUCCAAGCCGGUUACCUUCACCCUGCCACCCGCGACGCUGGAGGCUGCGAGUCGUCGUAUCUCUUUACUGUACCAAAACAUCAUCUUCCGCGAAUCCGAAGAUGACGAGGAAGAAGGAGACGAAGAAGGGUUCGAAAACGCACUGAAAAAACCUGUGCGUGAUAAAGGCCCGCAGUACGACCAAGACGAGACCACUGCAAUCACCUGGCCUCCUUCUGCCCAGGACUACACCGAAAGUCAACUUGCUUCCCGAGCGGCCGUCACAUUCCUGCGCUCCUCUGCAGGCAUCUCACGUAUGCGCUCUCAGCUCGAGACCCAAGGAACCCAGGAAACAGCGUCAUACAACUACUCCGACGCGUCUUCCAUCGGGCGCUUCCCUACAUUCCACUUCAGCUUGCACGCCCUCACGCCGCUGGCCGCACUCGUCGCGGGCGCGCGCGGCCCAGGGAAGGGCUCACGCAAGGUAUCGGUCCUCGUAGCGGUGCUCGAAGUCGAGGGCCCGGAUAGCAUCCGCAUCAAGAGGGGCGUUGACGCGGGCAAGCAGGUUUCCCUACUGAAGCUGAUCCUCGGCGACGAGGACGGGACGGUGUGCAAGCUCGCCGCCUGGCGGGAAGUCGCGGAGAGCUGGGGCGGCGCGGACCCCGAUUUUUCCAGCCCUGGCGUCAAGCGGGGCGACGUCGUGCUUUUUGAGAAUGUCCUUGCGGUGUGGGAUGUUGAGCCCGGGAAAGCUGUAGAUACUGUCCCGGUAUCGUUCACAGCAUCUCCGCAUCUAAAGUCGAAGUUCGAAAUCUGCUACCGCACGAUGCCCUCGAUGCCGCAGGACAACCGCUUCCGGCCUGAUCUCAGACUAGGCUUCAGCGACGCUGCCGUGCGCAAAGUCGCAGCGGUGGUGAACUGGUUCGAGGGCAUGGCGGGUCUGUCCACUACCUGA